AAAACCUUUGUUGUUAAUUUUCUUUGUUAGUUUGUAACUCUAGCUUGUACUGGCUACGGGUAUUUUCAGUUAGGUUGCAGUAAAUCCGCGAUGUCUUUUUUGUAGAUGAUGAAUUCGUUUUUGAGUUAAGUGACUAGGUCAUGGUAGUUUAGUUCUAUUAGUUUACAAUGUGAAUGUGCAAUUAACUGACGUAUAUAAUGCAAUCCCUGUAAAUAUCCAGUGCACCCGGGAAGCAUGUCUUCAGUCGGCCAGUUAGUGCCACAGGUCACUCGGGGGCCACCCAACAUGACCAUAAAGUACAGAGGGCCACACAUAGAGGGCUCCUUCUGCUCAAUGAUCGACUACAACUAUGACCCAGUCAUCAGUGUUAUAUGUGCCAUGUACAUCAUCUUUGGCAUAGUGUACACACUUUUUGGAUACCGAUGUUUCAAAGCAAGCAUGUUUCUAACUGGAUUCACAUUCGGCACGGCAAUUGUGUAUCUUAUAUGUCUUCAGGAAUACCUAAUGCCACCCUACGGGAACGUUGGUGUGGCAGUCUGCGCGGGCUUGCUGUUCGGACUCAUCACAAUGCUGAUCCAAUACGUGGGACUGUUCAUGACGGGCUUCCACACCGGCCUGCUGCUUGCCAUCGCGGGACUGGCCAUAUACGACCACUUCCUUGAAACCAGGCCCCAUACGUAUUGGCUUUGCGUUGUGGUGGCCAUGCUGGUUUCUGGAAUCUUUUUCGCGGUCCUCAACUUGUACUGGAAGAAAGUGUUGACGGUGUUCGGCACUAGCGUUUACGGUGGCGCAGUGAUCGCUGCCUGCAUCGACUACUUCUUGGAGCGCAUGAUCAUGCUCAAAUGGGUGUGGGAAAGGGCCAAGUUAGAGCCAGCCUUACCUCCCCCGUGUCGCCUGUCUUGGCUCGCUUUAGCCGCUUGGCCCGCUGCCGCCAUCGUGGGUCUUUGCGCUCAGGCCGCACUCACUGCCACUGGCCUGCACCAUGAACAGAGUAUAAGCGCACAGAAGCGUCGCUUGAAAGCUGCCGCGACGAGGCCUGUGACACGAGAGCAGCGUGCCGAGAUGAAACAGCGCAAGUACCGCUAUCUGUACCAAGUGCGUACCGCCCACGGUGACGUCAUCUCACAGUCGUACGUGCAAGCGCUCCAGAAGAAAGCGCAAUGUGGCAAUUGGAGUGCCAGCGCAAGUGGCGUGGCGGGAAUAGGCGGAGGUGGCGAGUGCAGUACACUGCAGAGUGACUCCACGCACCUCACUGUUUUGGCCGGCUCCGACCACGCACCUCACACCGACUCGGACGAUGAUCUCAAUCAGAUACGCGCCGCGCACUAGUCCUGCCCACAGGUUAUCAUGACUGAAGAUUCCUCGAAUGUAGGUGACCAAAAAGAAAUUAUAUUCAUUUUAAACAUCCAGUAUUAUC